UACACCAAAACCACACAGAGAGUUCGUCUCUUUCUAUUUCCUUGCUAAUUGAUUCAAGUUAAAGAGAUCGCACCCAAAAAAAAAAAAAAAAAAUCCAAAAAAGCCCUUAAAAACAGUAAAAAUUUGAGAGAUCCUUGUUUUAAAAUCGAUUUAUUUGAUUUCGAAUUUAAACCAUUUAAAAAUGUUGGUUUGUUGUUUGGCUUCCUGAUCGAGUUUCAGGUCUUGAUUGAAAUCAGGGUAAAAAUCCGCUUUUUUCUUUUCUGGGUUUUAGCGGUUGUAGAAAAGGAUUAGUAUAAGAAACCUGUGGGCUUGGAACUAUAGAAAAUUAAGUUCGAGAACUUGAUAUUUGGGCGAGGUUUUCUUUUUUGGAGUUCUGUUUUUUUUUUUGAAUGAUUUCGUUGGGGAGUAACGAUGCGAGGAAAGGGCUAAAGUUUGCUGGAAGAGAAAUGGAAGAGACUGAGCUUGAAGAAGGAGAAGCUUGCUCUUAUAGUAACAAUAACGAUGAUUAUGAUGCCACCACAGACACCGAAAAUGAUCUAUCUUCUCUCUCCUACAUAGAUGAGAAACUUCAACAUGUUCUUGGACAUUUUCAGAAAGAUUUUGAAGGUGGAGUUUCUGCAGAGAAUCUGGGUGCAAAGUUUGGUGGAUAUGGGUCAUUCUUACCUACUUAUACACGUUCUCCGGGUUGGCCUCAUCCGAAUGGUUCUCCAAAAGUUCAGAGCUGGCAUGCACCGAGAUCGCCCCCAAAAAUGCCAUUGGAGGAUGGCCGACUUAACUCAGUAUGUUCAUCAAGUGGUUCUCAGUCUCUGAGGCCUGGACUGCCUUCGAAUUUUGAAACCCUUCGUAAGACAUCAACUGUGAAUGAUUCAAUUAAACAAGGGGUCAACUUAACAUCUGCUCAUGUUGAUGAGCUUGCCUCUAGGUGUGAAUUUGCAAGCAAGAAAGCUGCCAGUCUGUCUGACCCGAAUACAUUGAAGGUGAGAAUCAAAAUGGGUUCAGGUGACUUGUCAACACAGAAGAAUGCUGCAAUCUACAGUGGUCUUGGCCUUGAUGUCUCACCAUCUUCGUCCUUAGAUCAGAGCCCUUCAGAAAGUGAAGGGAUGUAUCAGGAGUCUCAAGAGCCAUUAACUGAAUCUCCAACCAGCAUUCUUCGGCUUAUGACUUCCUUCGCUGUACCGGAGGAGGUGCUACUAUCUCCUCUUCCUGAUCAUCUACUUAACUUGAUUGUAAAGGAAAAAAAAUUGAAAGAGAAUAGAUCUGAUUCUAGAAAGCGUGAUGGAAUGCUAUCAAGACACAAGAAAGCAAAGUCAAUGGAGAAAAAGAAUUCUCCGGCUGAAAGAACGAGUGGCAUUAACAGGGAAAUAAUGAACGGCAGUGGUCUUAUGCCAGAAAAGGAAGCAGAUAUUGACUUAUUGGCUUUUGAGGAGCUUGUUUCUAAAACAUUGAAGCUUCCUCUUUUAUCUAAUUCAUAUUCUGCCUCUGACAAGGUAAAAAAUAAGGGUACAACACGAAACAAAGGUGUCCAUGAUGUAGACAUGGAGGAGUCAGUGGAGCCAUUACUUGCCCAAGAGAUAGGCUGGGAGAAUCCAAGUGCUAGUUCAGCUCAAAAGGUUUUAGAGGAACAAAAGACAAGUGUUCUGGAUGUCAUUUCUGGCAAUGCUAGAAAAGAUGGGUAUAAUAAAGCUGACAAAACUUAUGAUUCUGUCAAAGCCAAUUCUAAUACUCUAAAAGGUUGCAAAGCUCUAAAAACUGAAUUAGUAGAUCCUUCCAAGAAGAAAAUCAGCCAGAGAGCUACAUUAGAUGAGCAAGACAAUAUGAAGUUGCCUUCUGCAGAGGAGUGUAUGUCUUCUGCUGGAAAAAAAAAAUCAAAAGACAGUCAGCGUCAUGGUAGUCUAGCUGCAGAGGUACCUAAAGAAAGCUUAAGGGUUGGUUCUUCUUUGAUGCCGAGAAAUAAGCAAACUGCACAUGCUAAUAGUUAUGCAAACAAAAGGGAAUUGGGAGAUAAAAAAUUAGAAAGUCCAUUUCGAAAGGCCGAAGAUAGGUAUAAAGAUUUUUUCGGAGAUACUGGAGAAUCAGAACAGGAAGAGAACCAAGCAAGUUCAUUGGAACUCUGUUCUAAAGAUCAGCUGAAGGAAGCUGAUAAUAUUGAAAAAAGUACAUCAUCCAUUAAUAGUGCACAUAGUGAAAGAUUAAGUGGCAAGAAAACUGAGGAUUUAUUGGCAACCGAAUCAUACCCAAGAGCAACUGUGGAUGCUGCUUCUAACUCUACCAAUGUGAAUGUUGCUGGAACUUCCCAUGCAACUGCUGCUCCUGUAAUGAUAAGAGAAAAUUGGGUUUGUUGUGAUAAGUGUCAGAAGUGGCGUCUUCUUCCAGUAAGCAUAAAUCCUGCUGACUUACCCGAGAAGUGGCUAUGCAGCAUGCUUAACUGGCUGCCGGCAAUGGAUCACUGUAGCAUUGAUGAGGAGGAAACUACAAAAGCUGUUCUCGCAUUAUAUCAUGUUCCUACUGUAGAGAAUCAAACUAAUCUUCAAAGUAAUCUUGGCAGUAUUAUGUCUAGAUUACCCUCAGCUGAUGCCUUGAGACUUGACCAAAACCAACUAAGUUUUGGUUCACAUGCCAUGCUCACUGCUGCUAGGAAGAAAGAUGGUUUAAAGGAAAUAUCAAAUGCCAUGGAUAAAGAUGGGCCAACUCCUAUGAAGAAGACGCAGUCAUCGGUCCGGUCUAGAAAUCUAACUGAUGUGACUCGAUCCUCUGUGUCAGAGGAACCUGGUUUACAUCAUCUAAGCAAAAGUGAUUUGCCUGUCAAGAAACACAAAAAUAAGCGGAAAGAUAAGCAUAAAUUGUCGAAACACGGUUCUGUUGGAGGUGAUGCCAAAACUUCAAAGAUGAAAAGCAAAAGGACUGCUGAUCAAGAUUCCUUAAGGUCCUCCAAGAAAAUUAAGGGUGAUAGUUUACAUCUUGCUGAUGAAGAUGGCAUGUUUGAGCAUGGUGGUAUGGGGGGGGCUAGCACAAAUAAUGGUUUGCCAACUACAUUAGGAAAGGAUCAGCCUAAGCACAGUGAACCUUCUUAUAAGGUUUCGAAGUCAGAUAAGGAGAGGCAACAGAUCUCUGGUAAGAGACCAAAGGACAAAGUUCAUCCUUCCCUAACUGAUGGAUCUCUGGAUCUGGUGAAUUGUAAUGGUGGGGAAGUUUCAAGAAAGAGGAAAGUUGAUGAAUGUAUUGACGGUCAAUUAUAUACGGGUUUCCUCCAAGGUGUUGGCAAUCACUUCCAGGAUAGCAGAGUGUUUACAAAGGAAGAUGUCAGCGAGAAUGAAUACAGGAGAGAAAAGAAGGCCAGAGUAUCUAAGUCAGGAGGAAAGGAUUCCUCUGCAGGGAAAAGCAGUGGUAAACUGGAGAAAAAAAGUAGACAUACAAAGGACCACCAAACGGGGCAAGAUCUAGGCAGCUCUCUGCCCCAACGGAGUUUAGAUGUUCCAGAUUCAUUGAAAAGGGAUUUUGGAUCUGCUCAACCUUCUUUAGCAGCUACUUCUAGCUCAUCGAAGGUUUCUGGUUCACAUAAAUCAAAAUCUGGUACACAUAAAUCAAAACAUUGCUUCAAUGAAACAAAGGGUUCACCUGUAGAAUCAGUUUCUUCAUCUCCUAUGAGAAUUGCCAAUCCCGAUAAACUUCCAUCGACAAGGAGGAAUGUUGCAGGUAGUCCAAGAAGAAGCUCAGAUGGUGAAGAUGAUGGUGGGAGUGACAGAUCAGGGACAGUAUGGAGGGAAAAAACUUCCUGUGCACCUCAACUUGGGUCCCUUGAGUCAUCUAUACAUGAUAUUCAGGAUAAGGAUCAUGGUCAAUUAGAUGGUAGCAAAGCGAAGGCGCUUGAAUCCUCCCCUGAAGUCAGAAAAGGCCAUUUUAUGAAUGGUGGUGUUGAUUAUUUAGGCCAAGAGGCUCAAUAUGCUGGUAAAUCAACAAUAAUGGAUGAAUACCAUUAUGAGAAAAAGCAGAAUGACAAACGUGGCAAUGCCAAUGUCUCUCAUCCAAGAAAGUUUGGUAAGGGGUCCUCACGGUCGAAGGACAGGACGCGCAAUCUUAAAUCUGAUUUUGUUGAUGAACAGCAAGAUUAUGCACCUUCAUAUGAGGUAAAACCUAGGGUUGGUAGAAACAAAUUUCAGGGGAGGCCUGGAAUGAAGUCUGAUGAAAGUGCGAAUAGAUUUUCUGAUAACAAAGAAUCAUUGGGAAAAUUUUCUGGUGAGACUGGUAAAAGAGAGAGUCAAUCAAAUGGUGGUCAGUCAUGUGCUAAAGCAGAUGCCAAUGGAGGUCAAGAUGUAAUCUCUACUGUGUCUGUAAAGCAGAAUUUUGUGCAGGAUGGCAGCGGUGGAAAAUAUACAAAGAUGUUCCGCUCUGAAAAAUCUGACCAUGAAGAAAUUGCUUCUGAGAGAGGGAACUCGUUACCAUCACUACGCUUGGGAGGUACUCAAAAUGAGAUGCUGACUGGUUGCCCCCGCCCAGUUUCUGGGUCCCAAACUGGAAACAGAGCUGAUGAAUCUCAAGGUGAUGAUGCAUUGAAAGUACAAAAACAAAUAAAAAAGUCUGACCAGCAAAAUGGGAUUCAGCACAGUAGUUCAAGACAUACAUCUGGUGGACGUAGGAUCAGGGAUGUUGAUGCCCCGAGCCCAAUGAGAAAGGAUUUUUCAAGUCUGGCAGCUACCAAUGCUUUGAAGGAGGCUAAAGACUUAAAGCAUCUGGCUGAUCGUUUCAAGAACUCUGGAUCAAAUGUGGAGAGCACAGCACUUUACUUCCAGGCAGCACUGAAGUUUCUUCAUAGUGCUUCUCUACUAGAAUCUUGCAACAGUGAUAGUGCCAAACAUGGAGAGAUGAUUCAGUCUAUGCAAAUUUAUAGUAGCACUGCAAAACUCUGCGAGUUUUGUGCCCAUGAAUAUGAGAGAUUAAAGGACAUGGCUGCUGCUUCUUUGGCUUACAAGUGUAUGGAAGUGGCUUAUAUGAGAGUCAUCUAUUCCUCUCACGGCAAUGCAAAUAGAGAUCGACGUGAGUUGCAGACAGCUUUACAAAUGGUUCCUCCUGGUGAGUCUCCCUCUUCUUCUGUCUCUGAUGUUGAUAAUUUAAACCAUCCAACAGCGGCAGACAAGGUUGCUUUUCCAAAAGGUGUUAACUCUCCCCAGGUUGUUGGAAAUCAUGUUAUUUCUGCUCGAAACCGUCCUAACUUUGUGCGGUUGCUCAAUUUUGCACAAGAUAUAAAUCAUGCAAUGGAAGCUUCAAGGAAAUCCCGAACUACUUUUUUGGCUGCCAGUUCAAAUUCAAAAGGGGCUGAAUGUGGAAAGUCUAUAUCUUCUGUGAAGAAGGCUCUUGAUUUUAACUUCCUAGACGUAGAGGGAGUGCUUCAUUUGGUACGUGUGGCAAUGGAAGCCAUUAGCCAUUAAGGAAAAGGGGAAAAAAAUGAAAAUCUGGUUGGUAAGGAUGGUUUUAUACUAGAAGGAAAUCUCAUUAUGAUGCUUUAUCAUUUGGUAUGAUCUCAUGGAGGAGAAAAAGAUGGGAUGGCCAGCUCUUCCUGCUGCAAUCCUUAAAACUUUCAUUCAAAAACUGGCUAAGAUCCUGCUCUAUGAUACAUACUGUGCAUAUGUGUAAUAAAACAUAAAUCUGGGAUUUUCAAUGUAUAUAUGAGCUUCAACUGCUUCCUGACAUGGAACAAGGCUGUUAAUUUCCUUCUCAAGAUGGUAUUUAGGACAUGGGAUUCGUAGCAAAUAUAUACAAAAUUGUUGUAUAACUUGGUGAUUAUAAAGAACUGUUGCUGAAACACUUUUGUAUAAAGAUGGAGAACCCAGCUACAGAUUGAGGCAGAUUGUUAGAAUUCCAAUAGUAGAGUGUGUGAUUGUUUCAGCAUCAUGCUCCCCAUAGGCGGUUUUAGUUAACUAGUUACUUUGUUGAUACUACAUUUUAGAGACCUCUGUAGGAAAAUACUGGGAAUACAGCAGCAUGUGCUUGCUCCUUUGCCAUAGGGCCUAUGAUUUUCUCAGUUAAAGCACUAUGGAGGAGAGCAAUGUGUUAGGCAGUCUCAAGUGUGCUACUCUUAGACUCCUGCUUUGAAAAGUCAACUGCUAUAGUACGUGUUAUUGUAUAUGUUUAUGUAUUAAUGAUUAGUCAAGAUGAGUUGGAAGAGUAUAUGAAAACAAUAUUUGGUGCAAAAUUCCGGUGGUAGAGAUUCAAACAAGGUUGCAAAAAUUUUUCCCUUCAAAGUAAAUAUUUUUUGUACCAUUAAACAUAUCUUUGUAUGGUUCUCAAUUUGGAAUGUGGCAAAUGCUCUUGUUUGUGGGAGAGAUCUAUCAUCUUCAAGUCGGCCAUCUGGAUGCUGAUGGGUUGAAUAAUUUGAGCGGUUGUUUGAACAGCGGAGCUGGCUAUGGAUGGGCUGUGAUGGUAAAGUCGCUCCUUGACUUUUCAUUACUGUUUCACCUCUAAUAUAAUCUCACUGCCAUUUUAUACAGUGAAAUUUUGACCUUUUUCUUUUCUUUUCUUUUGGGGUCUCAUAACCUACUCUUCAAAUCUGUGUACAUGGAAAUAAACAAUUAUUUGUACCAAAAGGAAAUAAGCAGCUAUAUAAAUCUUCAUCAAUAAAAUUGAAGCCGCAUUCUGUUAUUUGUCA